AUUUCAGUUGCUAUCAGUAGUGCUUUUGUGUAUGCUGUACUUGCACGUCAAUCAAAAUGUUCGUUUACUUAAUUGGAAUAAUAGUUUUUCUUUGUAUUGUUCACAUAUUGUUUAACUACAAUAAAAGGGCUCGAUUGGUCAGGAAGAUACCAGGUCCUAAAGAUGACUUUAUUUUUGGAAAUGGAUUGACUGUCAUUCGCUCCCCAGUUGAGAUCAUGAAAAUGGGGAGAACAUUGAGCAACGCAUUUAAAGGAAUCUUCAGAGUGUGGGUAUAUCCGAUGGGAGCUGUUUUUAUUUACAAUCCGGAAGAUAUAGAGAUUAUUAUGUCGGGUAUGAAAUAUGGGGAAAAAAGUUUUGUCUACAAGUUUCUGAAGCCUUGGUUAAGAGAUGGAUUACUGGUCAGCAACGGCUCCAAAUGGCAAGAAAGAAGGAAGAUUCUCACGCCUGCUUUUCACUUCAAUAUAUUAAAGCAGUUCUGCGAAAUUAUUGAAGAAAACAGUCACAGAUUCCUUGAUAGCCUAAAAGAAACUGCUGGAAAACCAAUAGAUAUUAUUCCUGUACUUUCAGAAUUCACCCUGAACUCGAUUUGUGAAACGGCAAUGGGCACCCAACUAGGGGACGAUAAUUCAGGUGCUGCCAAAUCCUACAAAAAAGCUAUCUAUGAUAUCGGACAGGUAUUCUUCGAACGAUUCGUCAGAAUAUAUUUGUAUGUCGAUUUUAUACAUAACCUAACCUCGUUGGGAAGAUUGCAAACGAAAUAUUUGAAAAUCGUUCAUAAUUUCACUGAAAAAGUAAUUCAACAAAGGCGGGAGUACAUAGACAAGUAUGGACCAUAUUUAAAUGAAGAACUAGAAGUUGAUCAAGAUGACUCCUAUGUGUAUAAGAAAAAGAAGAAAACUGCUAUGUUAGACUUACUCCUGUCCGCUGAGAAAGAAGGCCUUAUAGAUAAGUUGGGCGUUCAAGAAGAAGUCGACACGUUCAUGUUUGAGGGACAUGACACAACAGCCGCUGGUCUGACAUUUUGCUUUAUGUUGAUCGCAAACCAUAAGGAUAUUCAGGACAAAAUAGUACAGGAGUUAGACGAUAUAUUCGGAGAUUCGGACAGGCCAAUCAAAAUGGAAGAUUUAUCAAAGAUGAAAUAUUUAGAAUGUUGUAUCAAGGAGUCCUUGCGGAUGUAUCCACCAGUGCACUUCAUCAGCCGCAAUUUGAACGAAGAUACAGUACUGAGUAAAUACACGGUUCCAGCCGGCACUUUCUGUCACAUUCUGAUAUUAGAUCUGCACUACCGACCCGACUUGUUCAAGAACCCGCACCAGUUUGAUCCGGAUCGGUUCCUGCCGGAGAACAGCGUGGGGCGCCAUCCUUAUGCGUACAUACCGUUCAGUGCUGGACCAAGGAAUUGCAUAGGCCAGAAAUUCGCAAUGAUAGAAAUGAAGAUAGCCGUCGCAAAUGUAUUGCGGAACUUCGUAUUGGAACCUGUCACUCGUCCAGCGGAUAUUCGAUUUGUUGCCGAUUUGAUUCUACGAAAUGAUGGUCCGGUGAUCGUCAAUUUCAAAGAGAGACAAAAGACGGCUGCACCUUAUAAUUGUGUUUCAUAUUUUUUUCAUUAUGUUGAUAUGAUUAAUAUUAUACACGUGCCUUUAUUAUGCAUAAGUAUCUUCGAAAGUUAUCGUGUGUUUUGCCAGUUUGUUGAUAUUCACUGGUUCGCUAGGUCGCUAUCAGAUAUGUGGCUGUACCUUUGCGCUUUAAUAAUAUUUUUAUGUGUUCUGGACCUGUGUCUAAACUAUAAUGAACGAGCUCGGAUGAUCAAGAAGUUACCAGGUCCUCCUGAUGAUUUCAUCGUGGGAAAUGGACUCAGGAUUAUCAAAUCUUCAGUGGAUGUGAUGAAAGUGAGAAGAGAAUACGCCAAAAAAUGGAAUGGAAUCUAUCGUAUUUGGGCGUACCCGUUUGGUGCAGUGCUGGUAUUCAAUCCUGAAGAUGUCGAGUUGAUUAUGUCCAGCAUGAAGUAUGGCGAAAAGAGUAUCAUCUACACAAUUUUAAAGCCCUGGCUCCAAGACGGAUUACUGCUCAGUAAUGGUGCAAAAUGGCAGGAACGAAGGAAGAUCCUGACUCCUGCUUUCCACUUCAACAUCCUGCGUCAGUUCUGUGACAUCAUACAAGAGAACACGCAACGUUUUCUGGAAAAAUUGGAACAAACCGCUGGACAAGAUGUGGAUGUUGUACCUUUACUGUCUGAAUAUACACUUAACUCCAUAUGUGAAACUGCAAUGGGUACGCAGCUAUCUGAAGAUCUGACAGGCACAGUCCAGUCAUACAAGCAAGCUAUCUAUGAUCUCGGAUACGUAUUUUGUCAAAGGUUCAUCAGGAUCUACCUUUAUCCUGAAACAGUAUUCAAUUUGACUUCAUUAGGACGUAUGCAAAAACGAAGCGUAAAAACAGUAAAAAACUUUACUGAAGAUGUGAUAAAACAAAGGAGAGAUUACGUGGAACAAUAUGGUUUCCAUACAAUAGGAGAUAAUAACGACAGUGAAGAAGUUUUUGUUUACAAGAAAAAGAAGAAGACAGCUAUGUUAGAUCUGCUCUUGUCUGCUGAGAAGGAAGGACUGAUUGACAAAACUGGCAUCCAAGAGGAGGUCGAUACAUUUAUGUUUGAAGGACAUGACACAACUGCAUCUGGACUGACCUUCAUGUUCAUGUUGCUCGCUCAUCACAAAGACGUCCAAGAUAAAAUUAUAGAAGAGCUGAAUGAAAUAUUAGGCGACUCGGAGCGAUGGCUCACCAUGGACGACUUAGCCAAGAUGAAGUACAUGGAGCGUUGCAUCAAGGAGUCGCUGCGAAUCUACCCGCCAGUGCACUUCAUCAGCCGAAAAUUGAAUGAAACCACAAUACUAAGUGGCUACCAAGUACCAGCUGAUACUCUGUGCCACAUACCCAUUUAUGACAUGCAUCACCGUGAAGAUUUGUUCGAAGACCCGGAGCGUUUCGACCCAGACAGGUUCCUGCCUGAGAACAGCGUGGGGAGACACCCUUAUGCCUACAUACCGUUCAGCGCUGGUCCUAGAAAUUGUAUAGGUCAAAAGUUCGCCAUGUUGGAAAUGAAACUCGCCGUCGCGGAAGUGCUGCGCAAGUUUGAAUUGAAGCCAGUGACGAAACCAUCAGAAAUUGAAUUCAUAGCCGAUCUUGUGCUGAGAAACAAUGGGCCAGUCAAAGUAAAUUUUGUAAAACGAAAGUAAUUAGGUACCAAAAACGUUAGUAUUUUGUAAGUUUCAGUACCUAGAGGUGCUUAAUAUUAAGGUACAAAGAAGCCUCCAAAAGAGGAAUACAAAUGAUGUAAUGUAAUAUCUGUACAUAAGCUACCUAUAUGAUAACUUUUGUUUUCUUUCGACAUGGAAAAUUAUCAUGUAACCCCUGCAUCUAUCGACUCGACGGAUUUCAGUGAAAAGGAGUAUCUUAAAACUUUUAUGAUGUAAAGCUUUGUGUACUAUGACGUGGUAACAUUUUUAAACAAUCCUGCAGCCCUGGCAGGCUUCGGCUCAUAAGAGCCCCGCAGAGGCUUCCGUUUAUGUGUAGUAACAUUUGAAGAAAAUUACAUUUAGGUACUCAUCUGAAUUUUACCGGGCAUUAUGCAUCAUAGUAAAUCAAAGUAAUAAUAAUAUUGUUCAUCAAAACGGGGCGUGUUACUUCGAAAGUUAACGAUCGGCCAUAGGGAUGGAGUAUCUUUUGGAUUGAGUGAUUUGUUACCGUAGUCGCUAUGUUAAACUUUUAGCAGUAAAACUGUUUGUUAAUUAAUUAAAUGAUUUAUUUAUAGA